AUGGCAACAGUUUUUGAGGAUAUCAGGUUGGAGGACAUAUCCGUUGAUGAUGUGGAUUUAUCUGAACUUGAUCGUGAAUUCGAUGUUGAGAAUAGGAUUGAUUUUGACAAUUUUGUUGUAGUGGAUGGUGCACCUGUGGCUCCUGAGGCGAAGGUUCCAGCUUUGAGCAAGGUUUUAACGAAGUUAUUUAGCCAGGCAGGGCAGGUAGUAGAUAUGGACAUUCCUGUUGAGGAUGGAAAGACUAAAGGGCAUUUGUUUUUGGAGUUUGAUAGUGCGGUUGCUGCUAAGAAGGCGAUAAAAUUGUUUAACGGUAAGAAAUUGGAUGUGAAACAUCGUUUAUUUGUUAACAGUUUGAAUGACAUGGAAAAGUUUGGAUCUCCAGACUUUGUGACCGAAUUCAAAGAGCCAAAGAUUCCGGAACCUCAACCAACAGAAUACUUGAAAUCAUGGUUACUGGACCCUAAAGGCAGAGAUCAAUUCGUACUUCAGAAAAGUGAGAUGGCUGCUAUUUUUUGGUACAGAAACAAGUUGCAGCCAGAAAAUAUCAUUGAUGCCAGGAAACAAUGGAGUGAUUCUAUUUUGGAGUUUUCUCCUCAAGGUACUUAUUUGUUUUCCUUCCAUACCCGUGGUAUUGCCUCUUGGGGUGGUGCAAAGUUUGAGCGUUUAAAGAGAUUUUCACAUCCUGGUGUGAAGGCGAUUUCUGUUUCUCCUACUGAGAAGUAUUUGGUUACCUUUUCUCCAGAGCCUUUAGAGGUCCUUGAAGAGCCGACUGAGGAUUUCCCAUUUGGCCCAGAGUCUAAUGGGCAUCAGUUAUGUAUCUGGGACAUUGCGACUGGUAUGUUAAUGAAGACUUUCCCUCUACCACCAAAUCAACAGCCACAAUGGCCAAUGGUCAAAUGGUCUUUUGAUGACCAGUUCUGUGCUCGUUUGGGUCCAAAUGCAAUUGCCAUUUAUCAAACUGAGAAGAACUUCCAGUUGUUAAACGGCAAGGUUAUGAAGAUUGAGGGUGUGCAAAACUUUUCGUUUGCUCCAAAGGGUUUGAAAUUGGCGUCUAAAAGAGCUUCUGACCCGUUGACGACGGCGAUGGUGUACUGGACCCCAGAGUCUAACAACCAAUCUUGUAAAGCGGUAAUAAUGGAAUUGCCUACUAAGAGGAUUUUAAGAACGAUAAAUUUGGUUCAAGUGACUGAUGUAGAUUUCCACUGGCAAAAUGAGGCGAAAUACUUGUGUGUGCAAGUUGACCAUCACACCAAAUCCAGAAAGACGAUUUUUACAAACUUGGAAAUUUGUAGGUUGACAGAGCGUGAAAUUCCAUUUGAAAAAGUUGAACUCAAGGAUCGCUGUAUGAGAUUCGGUUGGGAACCCCAGGGCGACAGAUUUGUUAUUAUUUCAAAUUCAGAGAAUAUUAAUGACAAUCCAGCCAUUCCAAAGAAUGUAGUCGGUUUCUAUGCUCCUGAAAAGAAGGACAAGGGCACAGAAGACAAAUCGUUAUCUGACUUUAAGAGAUGGAAGUUGGUGCAUGCGGUUGAAGGCAAGUUCUCCAACGAAAUUGCUUGGUCUCCAGCUGGUAGAUUUGUUUGUGUUGCUGCUAUUGGUAAAAUGAUCUCACGUAGUGAAAACCUGGAUUUCUACGACAUGGAUUUCCCUAGCGAGAAGAUUAUUAAUACAGCUACCGAUGUUAACGCUACUUUGAGAGACGUCGCACAUGUGAACUACGUUAAUGCAACUGACUACCAGUGGGACCCAAGCGGUAGGUAUAUUGCUUUUUGGUCGUCUGCCUGGAAGCAUAAGGCUGAAAAUGGCUACAAAGUCUUUAAUCUAUGUGGAAACCUGAUUCGGGAAGAAUUGAUAAAUGAUUUUAAUAAUUUCUUCUGGAGACCAAGACCUGAGCCAUUGUUGACUAAUGCUGAAAAGAAAAAGGUUAGAAAGAACUUGAGAGAAUGGUCUACUCAUUUUGAAGAAUUAGAUGCCAUGGAGGCGGACAGUGCAACGAGACAGUUGAUCAUUGAGAGACGUGGCUGGUUAGAACAAUGGUCGAAGUACAGAGCUUCUACUGCAGAAAACUUGGCCACUCAUAAUUUGUCUAUUUAUGACGUUGUAAACUUAGCAAUCAGUGAGGAAGAUUAUGAAAUUAUCGAGGAGAUCAAAGACUCCGUUGUAGAUGAGACAACUGAAGAAGUUACCUCAUUUGACCAGUGA